AAGGACCCGGGUGUCCGGGAUCGGAGCAGGAAGCGGGAGCCGGAGGCGGCGGCGGCGGCGGCGGCGGGGCCCGUGGAGCCGGGAGCGGGGCCGUCGGGAGCGGACGGCGUGGGGCCGGGGCGCCCCACGGCCCCGGCCCCGCCAUGUGCGGGUUGGGACGGCGGCGGCUACUGCUGCUGCUGCUGCUGCUGCUGCUGGCCGUGGGGAUGGCGGAUGGGCACGGGGUCCCCCGCGAUACCCUGGCUUGCUCCCAGGGCCUCGCCUGCCGCCUCCUGGACACCGACGUGCUGUGCGGGACGGAGCUGCCGGGGCUCGGCCACGGGCUGGCCCUGGCUCGGCUGCGGCUGGUGCCGGCGCUGCGCUGCAGCGGGCCCGCGGCCUGCUCGCCCUGCCUGGAGGUGCGCCUGCGCCUCGCCCUGCCACCCGCCACUGGCACCGGCCAGCCCCGCCGCCCCGCGCCCUCGGGCAUCCCUGCGGCCGAGGACAGCGAUGAGGGGGGACGGUGGUCACCGGUGGAUGAGGCUGCCUCGUCCCAGCCCAACAUCACCGGGCUGCUGCUGCUCUCCGGGCACGCCUACGCCUCCUCCCGCUGCGUGGCCGUGGAGGUCCAGGCAUCCCCAGCCCCUGCGCUGCCCGGCCGGCCCCUGGGCUGGGUGACCUUCCGGUGCUUCGAGGCGCCGCUGGGCUCCGAGCUCCGCGUCACGGCGUACACCAACUCCCGCGGCCGCCGGAGGCUGAGUCAGUGGCAGUGGGUGCCAGACUGCUCGUGGCCCGCGGCACAGACGGCUGUCCCACAGUGCCAAGUGCCCAGGCUGGAGGUCCUCCCGGGGCCGAAGGAGGUGGUCGUGCAGGUGCAGGGGGCUACGGCGGGGCACAGUUACACCCUGCGGCUCUACCACAACCAGAGCCACGGCGCCAGCGGGUCAGGGCGCACGGUGACCGCGAGUGGCUCCAUGAACUACAGCCUGCCGGCCGACGAGGUGCUGCCCUGCCUCUGCCUGCAGGUCUGGCCAGAGACCCAGGACCCACCGCGGGCCACCCUGUGCCCCUUCUCCCACGACGUGGAGGCUUGGGAGCGGCUGUGGGCCCGCAGCCAGCUGGUCCUGCACAACGAGGGACAGGCGCUGACCUCCUCCCUCUCGGCCCCCUGCGACCUCCCGGCUGAGCUGGUGCCCUGCUGGCAGCCGGAGCCUGACGGACCCUGCCAAGCCCUGCCCGGCCUGCAGCAGCCCGCCGUGGGGCAGGGACCCCAGGAGUUUGGGGGGCUGCGAUUCCAUCCCAACCUCUGCGUGCAGGUGUGGAGCGGCAGACAGGUCCGGCUGACCCAGUGCCUGCGGGACAGAGCACUGCCUGGCCGUGCCGAUGACCUUCUGCUGCUGCAGCAUAGGGGGAAUGCCUCACUGUGUGCCCUGGAGCGAGGCACCUGCACACCCCUUGCCAGCUUCACCCGCACGGGAGUCGGGCGCCCGGGGCUGCUGGAGCGGGAGCUGCGGCGGGACGUGGUGGCAGGGCACUGCAGGCAGAUCCGGCACCCUGAGAACGGCACUGGGGUCACGCUCUGGGCCUGUCCCCUGCACAAGUACCUUCGUGCCCGCUGGGCGCUGGCGUGGAUGGGGGUGCUGCUGGGGGCCUCUUGCCUCCUGCUCCUGCUCCUGCUGAUGAAGGAGGAUGUGAAAGGCUGGCUGAAGUCCCUGAGGGCUGACUACCGCUCCGAGGGCCCGCUGCGAGGCCGGCGGGCGCUGCUGGUGCACGCGGCAGAGCCAGCGGCGGAGCGAGCGGCGUGCGCCUUGACGGCGGCCCUGCGCCCGCUGGGGCUGGCGGUGUCGGCAGCACCGGGAGGCGGCAGCGGGGUCGCGGCGUGGGGGCCACUGCCAUGGCUGCAUGCCCAGCACCGGCGGGUGCUGCGUGACGGUGGCACCAUCAUCCUCCUCCUCUCCCCGGCGGCUGUGGCCGCCGCACGGCGGUGGGACGCUGGGGCCGGGGACGUGCCGGGGGCUGGGGAAGCUUUCAGCAUCCCCGGCCCCCGGCACGUCCCCGGCCCCGAUGAUGAUGUCCCAGCUGUAGCACCCUGCGAAGCCUUCGCAGCGGCUCUGUCCUGCACCGUGCCAGCGCUGGCGGCGGGCAACGGGCGCUAUGUGGUGGCCCGGCUUGAAGCCUUGGUGCCAGCAGUGCCGCCGGCGCUGCGGGCAGCCCCUGCCUUUGCGCUGCCCAGCGAAAUGGGGGGCUUCCUGCGGGCGCUGGCGGGAGCGGGCCGUCGGCGGGGCCGGUGGCCGGAGCCGUACGUGGCGGCGGUGGCCGAGGGGCUGCGGCGGGCGCUGGGGCAAUAAAGCGGUGACAGUGCCUUUGCUGAG